AUGCAGGCUGCCAAGUUGAUUGGGAGCGAAGCCCUCGGCCUGUCUGACAUGGUCUUGAAGGAUAGAGAGAAGGGGUUCAAGCCGCGCUGCGAAUUCACCGUGACGAGCAUUGACACUGCAGUGGUGGAGGGUGAGGUUCUCCGCGGCAGCCUGCUACUUCCCAAAGGUCUGGAAGGGCCCUUCCCCUCUGUACUGAUGCGAACGCCGUAUGGAAGGAAGAGUGAGAUGGGCCAAAGUUUCUUGGCUAGACAGGGCUAUGCCGUGCUUGUCCAAGACACCCGCGGUCGCUUCUCCAGCAGCGGAGAGUUCGUUCCCGUGCAGCACGAACAGAUGGAUGGAGCUGCCACAGUCGCAUGGAUGCGUCAACAGCCAUGGUGCAAUGGCAAGGUCGGUGCUACAGGUGGCAGCUAUCUCGGCUUCACAGCCUGGGCGUGCGUGGACGGGUCGCACCUGGAUGCAAUUGUCCCCAUCAUCACUCAGAGCAACAUCCGCAGCGCAGUCUUCCGGCCUGGUGGUGCAGUCAGCUUUGAGCUUGUGGUGCUGUGGUUCUACCUCGUGCUGCACCUCAUGAAGGAUUUGCAUGAAGACCCCAUGUCCUUGCCGAAGAAGCUUUGGCAUGGGAUGCGCAAGAAGAAGCUGCACAGGGCUUUCAAGUCUUUGCCGCUAGGCAAAGUGGACGAGAUCAUUCUCGGCUCCCAGAACUCGUUCCUCCAGGAUGGGCUCAUUGCCCAUGGGAACGAAGCGAGCCGCUUCUGGGAGGGUAAGGAAAAGCUCUGCAGCUUCGAGCGAGCCAUCCCUCCAUGUCACAUCCUCACCGGAUGGUACGAUUUCUUCCUCGAGGGUGCCCUUGAGGACUUUGCCAAAGCGAGGAGAACUGGAAGCCAGGUCAGCCUGACGAUUGCACCGAUUCACCACUGGAGCCUCCUGGGCUUCCGAAACGUUUACGAAAGGGUGCUGCUAAGCACAUUCGAUACCCACCUCAAGCUCCAAGAUAGGCUCGAAAUCUGGCGCUUGUGUUUGAGCCAUUUCUUCUCUGAUGGUUUGACUCUGAAUGGGAAGCUCGGGCUCCUUGUUAAUCGCCAAGCGCCAUCCCUUAACACCAGCAUGAAGGAUAGCCGGAUAGCACUGAUAGUGGUGAUAGGCGUCAUAGUGCGAAGUGCAACACUGAUGGUACAGUGUGCUGAUGAGAGAAGUGGAAUGGACAACAUGCGGAGUGGGGCAACUAACUAA